UCACAACUUCCGUCUUUUGGGAUAACAUACUUAGAGACGUUUACGUUGUCCAUAUUGUUGUGGCACUUGUAUGAAGUGUAGUACCACAUGUGGAGUGGCUGGACUAGUUGAAGAUGGAUAUCUUUCUAGGAGGGUUUUACCUGUUGACUGUGUUGUGUGCUCUGCUGUACAUCGCAACCAGGGCAGCAAUAUCAACAGUCACUGAUGCUAACUUCAGCUCAUUUCAGAAUACCUACCUGAUUGUUUACCUGCUUGCAAUGGCUGGUGACUGGCUUCAAGGACCCCAUGUCUAUGCCCUUUAUGAAAGCUAUGGAAUGACCCCAGAGCAGAUAGACAUUUUGUUUGUGGCUGGAUUUGGAUCUAGUAUGAUUGUGGGAACUGUAGUGGGCUCCUUUGCAGAUAAGUAUGGUAGAAGAACCAACUGCAUCUUGUAUGGUGUUCUAUAUGGUGCAGCAUGUGUUACAAAGCACUUUGGCAAUUUUUGGAUCUUGAUGAUUGGUCGGUUGCUGGGUGGGACAGCCACUUCAAUACUCUACAGUGCCUUUGAGUCAUGGCUGGUCUAUGAACAUAAUAAGCGUGGUUUUGACAGUAGUCUCUUGGGGAACAUCUUUAGCCUCGGUGUCCUAGGGAACUCUGUUGUUGCUAUAUUGGCAGGACUGGUUGCUCAAAAGUUUGCAGAUCUAUUUGGUUUUGUAGCACCUUUUGAUGUAUCCCUGACUGUGCUCCUCCUGAUGGUCAUCAUCAUUGUUAUGACUUGGACAGAAAACUAUGGAGACAGAACAAGCAAUGUAUCUCAGUCAUUUGCUGCUGCACUUCAUAUCAUUCAGAAAGACCACAAAGUUCUCUGCCUUGGAUUGAUUCAGUCCCUGUUUGAAGGUGCUAUGUAUUGCUUUGUACUGGAGUGGACACCAUCUUUGAGCAUUAUUUACAAAACAGAAAAUUCUAACCCUUCGGAGGCAGAUGAAGUACACACAGACAUUCCACAUGGUCACAUUUUUGCAGCCUUCAUGGUGUCCCUUAUGAUUGGCUCAUCAUUGUUUAAAAUAUUAUGUAAAUUUGCAAGUGUAGAAUCUUUUAUGAGGUUUGUGUUGUUUGUAGCUGCCCUGAGCUUGAUGACACCCAUAUUUUAUAAAGGGAAUCAGCUAGUUAUCUUCAUUGGCUUCUUGCUGUUUGAAACAUGUGUUGGAAUCUUUUGGCCAUCAAUGGGUACAAUGAGAGGCAAAUAUGUCGCAGAAGAAACUAGGGCAACUACCAUGAAUAUUUUCAGAAUUCCUCUGAAUAUGAUAGUAGUCAUCAUACUGCUACAGCACUUAGAGCGAGACACCAUCUUUGAAUUCUGUGCAUUUUUCCUGAUGAUUGCAGUCCUGUGCCAACAGUGGUUGUACACUAUGAAUUACCAACCACCUUUAACUUUAAAAUCUACAAUGGCUGUAUGAAAACUCAGCCAAGUCGAGUAGCCUGAGUGAGAAGGCAGCCACACUGAGGACGGAGAGCAUGGUGGAAGCUCAGGAAGAGAAAAGGGCUAUAGACGACGAGGAGGAAAUAGUGUGAGCCAGUUGACCAUGGGGGGAUUACAAAGUGCCUGUCUUUUGUCUGUAGUUCCUGCUGCGAGGUCAUGUGUAGGGAAAUAUGUUUUGGUAUGGCUAACAGAAUGGUGACAGUUUAUGUGGUAAUAAUAUUAUAAGGCACUAGGUCAACAUUAGCUUAUCAGAUGUUUUUUUUUUGUUAUUGAAGGUAGCAGCUCUGAUCAACACUUUAUGAAACAAUGUGUUGAACAGUUUUUAAAAAAAUUAACACCUGAAAAAUAUAUUAUUUAACACAAAAAAUUGUAUUUGUACAAAGUUUGCACUUGUUUGUAAUUGGUGGCAUAUAUAUGUGGGGGGAUUUUUUUUAUUAUUCAUUGGGUGACCGGUGUAGAAAUUCUACACUGACUAAUAUAAUGGAAUCUGUACAAAGUGGGAUGUCAUUAUAAAAAUAAUAAUGUGUACUCUGUAUUGAUUUGCAGUUAUCAUUAACAUGGUGCAAAAUUCACCAGCCUCGAAUUUUUAUACUUUUUUCUAACACUUACCAUUCCUCACAACCAUUUCUUACAAGUAAAGUAUUUGCUGGUGACUUAGCAUUUUCCCUUUAAUGACGUUGCUCACAAGAUUGUACAGGGUAAUCCAGUUUUGAUAUAGAU